AUGUCGACUUCAAAGGAGCUCACUAUUGCUAGACUAAAUGACCUUAUUCUCGGCUUAUUCUCCAGAGCACCGACCUCGGGGACACUCGACCAUGCCGUUAGGUACCUUAGCACAUGGAGCGGCAGCGACAAGUUUUUCAUGAUCAUACAAUAUAUUUUGAAACUUGUCAUACCAUGGCUGGACAUGCGAGCUAGACUACAGUAUCGGUCCGGAAUGAGAAAAGACUCUACUAGCACUGCUUCAGCUGCGUUAUCAAAGCUCUAUUCGAAAAUAGGGGAAUCGAGGAUGCUUUGGAGAUUCUGGGGCCUACUUCCAAUAUACCAAUGGCUCACCUCACUUGAACGUAUGCCUCCACCAACAAGAGAGCUCCUAACUGUCGAACGAAUCCAAGGAUGGUCUAUGCUCUUCUAUUAUCCUUUCGAACACCUCUUCUAUCUCCGCACUCACGGAAUCCUCCCAGAGCGAAUCUCGCUGUCCAUCCCCUUCGCGAAGAACCUCUCGGUAAAAUUAAACACGUCGAAGCUAGCGCUUUGGUCAACACGCGCAUGGGCGGUAUACGUCUUCCUGCAUUUCAUACACCUGCGCGAAGAUGCGCGAUUGUUGAGAUUACGCGAGCGUGCGCUUGCAAAGUCGAAGAGCAACGGCGACGCAGAGGCGGAAAAAAGAGAUCUUGCUAGGAGGAAAUUGGCACUCAAGAACGAGUUCAUUGAGAACUUGGGUAACCUUCCGCUUACGAUUCAUUGGUCGCUAGAACGAGGUCUGUUCUCAAACGAGGUCUGGGUCGGAAUAUUCGGACUCAUCGCGGGUCUUGCAUCAUUUGCAAACGGCUGGUAUGCAACCGCCCUCCCCCCAUCUCCA